AACUUUUGAUAUGUUCGAUGUCAUGGCAACUACUGACUGGUUUACAAAUGGCGGAUCAUUGAACAACAAUUUAAAAGUGCCCUUUACUAUUCCUGUUUUUAUUUAGACAAUAACAUUAUACCAUCAAAAUGUCUGUGGAUUUGGAAGAAUACUUCAAGACGACCUUCGAGGAUACCCUCGUUGUCAAAAUGCCUGAGCGGGAAGAUGAUCACUUGACACCUGCAACAAGACUUUUGGAAAAAAGAAGAGAAAUGGCAGAAGUUGAUCAGGCACUCCUAGCACAGAAAGAGGAAUUCCAAAUGAAAAUGGAAAGUUUACAACAGAGAAGAGAGGAGCUAGAAAGAAAAGAAUGUGAUUUAAAGGAGCAGUUACUGAAGUUUGAUCAUUUCCUCAAGGAAAAUGAUUCAAAGAAAGCAAGAGCUUUGAAAAAAGCUGACGAGGAAAGAGAUUCAAAGAAACAGAAAGAUAAAGAAAUUGAGAAAUUAAAAGUAGAAAAGGGAAAACUGGAAAAAGACAAAUCAAAGUUACAAGAAAAACUAGAUAGAUUUAAAAUUUAUCACACCUACAUGGAAAAGGUGCUAGAAGCAGGAGAGGAAUUUGGUGAAAUGAGAGAUAUUAUAGCUAGACAUGACACCUUGACAGCUACACAUGAAGAUUUAUUAGAACAGGACCAAAGAAAUCAGGAAGUCAUAGAAAAGGAAAGACAAAAUUUGAUGAAAUACAUUGAGGAAAAAGACAAUGAAAUUUUAUCCUGUAAUAACCAGUUAUCAGGAUUACAAACUCAACUUGACACAGCUCAGAGUGAGGCUGUAAAAUGGGAGUCAGCAUGGACUCAUAUUAAAAAUACUGCUGCUACAAAAACACUUACACUUGGUAGAAUUAAAAUGGCUGCCAGAAAUUUGUACCAGUUAGUUAAACGACACCAAAAACAGUCAGCAGAAGAAGAAGAAACACAUGAACAAUUAGCACAGAUUCAGAUGUUUUUGUAUGAUCUGAAGGACAUCGUACAGGAACUGAAAAGAUCUGAUACCUUUGUGUCUUCUGCCUAUGUGCCAUCAUCAUCAUAGAGUUAUCUCCUCUGCUGCUGCUGCCAGUACUUACCUCCCCUUCUUCAACAUCUUGUGUGGCUCAUUACUAUACUUCUGCACACUUGGAAUGAUUCAUUUUAGAAUAUAAUAUGUAAAAUUACGUUUUCAGAUCCGUGUAGUCAUUCAGGAUUUGCUGUCGAUAACGGGUGAGAUUAGACGAGCAGAAUUGUCUCAGGCAUCAAUAGUUCCACCGUCAUCAAGUUAACCUUGUAUAUUUUAUAUUGAAAAAUAUUACAAGGGAUACUGCCUAUGUAAACUAUGUGCUGGCUGGUGUGAAACAAUCUUCCCAUAAAGUGUGACAUUUCUAAGUACCCAAUUCUUUUCGUACUAGAAAAAUUGUAAAAAUUCAUUUCCAAGAGUCUGACUACAGACCUUAAAAAACCAAACUGAUUGAUAACAUUUUAUAUACAACAUAUGUAUUCAAUUUUAAAGGCAUUUUUAUGAGCAAUGCCAAACCUUUAAAAAAAAACCAUUCAGAUUGAUUACAUUUUAUGCAACAAUAUGUAUUCAAUUUAUCAGGCAUUUCUUUGAGCAAUGCCUUACCUUAAAAAAACCAUUCCAAUUGAUAACAUUCUUUGUUUAGAUAUAUGUUUUGAAAGCAUUUUGUAUGAGCGUCUGAGCUGUGAGAGAGUUGUGUGAAUUGUAUGAAAGUUGAGCUGCGUCAGAUAGAAAUUGACCUUAUACAAGUUAAUGUGAAUAUGUACAUGUACAGUAGUCUUGUUUUAUUUUGGACUAAUUAUUUACGAAAAACAAUGACAUAUAAGAUGAAGUUUUGUCAGUUUUGUAGCAUUCGAUUAACAAUUCAACUUGCAAACAAUCCUAUACUUUCUUUUCAAUUGGUUUUCAAAACCGAAUAGGUUAACAGAUACAUUGAUGUUUGAUUUGCAUAAGGACGAUUUGUAUCCGAUGCAGCUCAGUUGUUGCAGAUGGGAUAAGUAUGGAGUCUACAUUUUUAUUUUACAUUUGUUAAGUUGGAUGAACUUUCAACUUCUAAAAAAUAAUAAUUUCAAACCUUAGUUAACUAAAAACUGAUACAGAUGUAUCCUUCUAAUUUUUCUAUACAAAUAUUUUUUUUUUUUCCAUACUGUUGUAUACAUGUGCCAAGGUUGUGAUAUGUGUAUUAUAUGUGCUGUGUAACAGUUGUUUAUUUUAUUAUUUCAAGAUUAUUAUACACAAAAUAAAAAUGAUAUUUAACUGUU